CUAGGGGUUUAUUCUCUCUCUCUCAUCAUAUCUAAAACCCUUUCUUCCAUUCCCAGGAAUUGGAUUUUGUCUCCAUCGUCAUUGUAAUUCUUCUUUCGAUAAUAAGGGGUUAAAUUCUCGCCAUGUCUGAGAAAUUCAAGAAGCAGAAAAAGUGCGACUUCAGUGACGAAGACGUUUCAAUCCUUUUACAGAGAUACACCCCAAGAACUGUGCUGGCGUUGUUGCAAGAGGUGGCACAAGUGAGGGAAGUGAAUAUUGAUUGGAAUGCGUUAGUGAAGAAGACCAAAACUGGGAUCACGAAUGCCAGGGAGUACCAACUGCUAUGGCGUCAUUUGGCUUACCGGCAACCGUUGGUCAAUGGUUUACUUGAUGGCGCUCAACCUGUGGAUGACGACAGUGAUUUGGAGUAUGAAUUGGAGUCUUAUCCAGCAGUUAGCAGUGAAGCAUCAGCGGAAGCUGCAGCAUUUGUGAAGGUAUUGAUUGCUUCUGGGACACUAAAUGAUUCGCACAUGCCAAAUGGCAUGACUGUUGAGGCUCCGUUGGCUAUAAGUAUACCUAAUGGCCAACGAUCUCUGAAUUUUGUUGAUGCUUCACAACAAAGUUUACCCAUUCAAGGGUCAAAUAUUAUAGUGCAAACUUACCUCAACGAAAAAGAAAACUCUGGUCUGAAACAGAGGAUAUGGAUCUUAUUGCUGCUGUGAAAAGACAUGGUGAAGGAAACUGGGCAAACAUGGCGAAGAGAGAUUUUAAUGGUUGCAAAACUGCUUCACAAUUAUCUAAGAGGUGGGCAACUAUUAAGAAGCAACAAGGUUCCUUGAAUGGGAAUACAUCAAAACUCUCAGAAAUUCAUUUGGCUGAUCAGGCAGUGUCCCUGGCUCUUGAUGUGCCUAUGAGGGACAAUCCAAAAGCAGCUCGCUCAAGCAUUCCCGAGUGCAAAAUUGCAAAUGCUGCAUCAAACUCUAAUGCAUCAAGUGUGGUGGCAGCACCAAAGAUUGGCACUCCGCCCACUGGUACCAUCAAAAUCACUAGUCUCAAAAAACAAUCUACAGAGUCAACAACUAUACGCAGAGAUCCAUUGAUCAAAGCAGCUUCAGCUGUUGCUGGUGCCUGCAUUGUUUCCCCUUCAAAUGGUGCAUCACUGCUUAAGACUGCAUAGUCUAAGAGUGCUUUCAAUUUCAUGACUGGCAGAGGUCAUGUAAAUAAACCAUCUUAUCUGCCAAUCCAAAUGCAUUACUGAUUAAUGUCCACUUUGUUCAUAAUAACCUACCAUUUCAUUUCAAUGACCCUAUGUCACAGUUCAUGAAAUGAACCUCGACAGGUACAUCAUCAUUCUGUAAAUUCAGUGUCACCUAACCUAGUUGGUGCGGCGUCCGAUCCAAAAUCUUGAAACUAAUGUGAUCCCAUGUAACUGAACACAAAUCUAGCUGCUGAUCUUGGCAUAGAAACAGUGGAAUAUAAAGCAGCUCUUACUGGCUUGGUAAUUGUGUUAGAAAAAAGUUGGCCAAGCAAAUUGAGCUAGUUGCCCGGAUGUUUCUUUCAAAAGGGAUUCAAUUGCUGCUUUUACAGGAAAUUCACUAUUGGAGCAUGCUUCCUAGUUCCUAUUAAGGAUCUGGGAUAGAAGUGAAGAUAAUAAAUCAUGAUGACAUGUGAGAUCCUUCAAUGUUCAAGGCCAUAAAUCAAGCUAUCCAUGAAGAACAGAGGGCCAAAUUUGAUAUUCCCUUCAAUUAUGGCUACCACUCUAACAAAGAUUUUCACGGAAGACAAAUAAAGCCACAACUGAUAUACCUCGCUAUGAUGAACCAUGCUGGGGUCAAGGGUAGAGCCAAAAAUAAAAACAGCAAAUGCUCGAAGAGCAAAUUGCAAAUGGUGAGCUGAAAGAUGUGCCAAAUUUGAUUGUUUAUUUGAGGAGUAGAUGAAUUUUUAGUUUUGGACAUAAAGUCUGCAUAUUUUUUUAUUGUUAACCCCAUCCACCCAACCUACUCCAAAU